CUCAAUCGUGUUUGUCUUUUGACUGCACUUCCUGGCCAGUUUGAAGGAAACCCUCUUCUCUAUUUUUACACACUCUCAAAAUUUCAUUUCAAUUUACCGUGGCACUCCAACUCAGUGGAUUGGUGUUCUAGGUAUUGUGUAGACAGAGAAAGUGUUUUUUCGUUUCCCUCACUACUGAAUGACUGACUCGUUGCAUAUGGGACACCAUAGUAGAACUGUCAUUUCAUCUACUGCUUCUUGCACGUUUACGAAUGUCUAUAUACAGUGAAGAUUUCAUUUUACCUUUUUCCGUCAUCCUUUUAGUUAUUUCAUGCCACAUUUUUGUUUUUGAAGAGGAGAACAUAAGGAAAAUUCAUUAAUUUUAUCUUCAGGAUGAGCUAGGGUAAGGGACCUGACUUGUCACGUACUACCAGGCAUCCUUCGAAGUGUGAUGAGCACUUAGGCAUUAUUAUCUCAUCAUCAUCGUCAUCACUAUGUGAUAUUUGGCUAAUUUCGUCAGCACUGCCUAGCAGCUAGCCCGCCUGGCUGGUGUUUGAUUAUGUAUACGCUCAUUUUGGGGAUCAUCGAUCCUUGAUGUGCAGUGAUUCACGCCUGCUUAGAUUAAAGCUGAAUCUAAUGAGAUAUAACCGGAUAUUGCAUGUAUGCCGACGUGUCGUCUUCUGUUUUACCCACUUCAGGUUUCCCCCUGUGUUCUUGUAUGCUCUCCCCCCACACACAUUUUCCAACUCACUGUGCUCAUGUCGCGUGAUCAAACCAACAUGCAACAGUACUCGGCUCCUCUGUUCUUUCUCUUUUUCUCCCCUCAUCACCGCUCUCUCCUCAACCCCUAUUUCCAGCAGACUGGAUUCCUUGCUAUGCAUUCAACCGUUCAACAAUCGGCAAUCAGGAGGCAUCCGUCAUGGAACUCCCAAAAUGAUUGGAAUUGAUUCGGAAUCGUGAGCGCUUUGAGGAUGGAUAUGCCGUUUGAAUCAUCACUUCUUAAUCGCAGGCUAUUAUUCUUGAGAGAACUACGACGUGAAAGAUUUUGUUUUAUGGUGAGGAGGGACCGGACGUAAUUAAUUUAGUUAGAUCAAAGUUAUGGAUUGACAUCGGAGACGAAUCGUUCUUCCAGAAUAUCUUCCGGAAUAUCGGAGACAGUUUGUUUCUCAUACAAAACUUGAGUCAUGGUCACUAAAUAUUGUGCAAACAUUCAUUCCGUUAGAGGAAAUGGAUGAAACGGGCUAAAUGAAUUAAUGGCAGUUUAUAUGGACUGAGUUUGCUUUUUACCGCAAUCGGACGGUUAUGUGCUUGGUCAUUCAUUGCAAAGUUGUUUACCCUGGUCAGUUAUUGAUCUGUUAUUGAGUGGACAAAGGUAUUACAACACAAUAACAGAUGUGAAAUCAAUGCUAUCAUCAGGACUUUCGUGUAAACACCCAAGUGUUCCCUUAUAUACCACCUUUUAACACCCCAUUCUAGUUUUGCCCUUCAUUGGGCAAGGAAGCAAUACUUCGUCAUCUCCAUGGAACUGAAGGCAACCAUAAAUACUCACGAUGAUCUCCGCUGACUUUUAUCAUCCCUCGUGAUUGAUGCUCCAAACACAUUGGAGCGAGAACUAAGAAAAAAUAAGUAUUUGACAUUGUAAACCAGCCAUAGGAGCUACCGCCUCAAUGGUGCCACGGACAACAGACUUUGACUAUGGUGCCUACUGCUCUCUAUGUGUUUCAUGCUAUGGAGAAAAGCUCAAUGGAGCUAUUAUGUCAUAAAAACUAUUAUAUCUUGUGGAAAUGUUCGCUCUUUUGUGAGAGAAUAAUGCUCAAGUUCGUCAUCAGCAAGCCUGCACCUUUUAAACACUCCUUGAAGCUUGAGAACAUCCCUAAUGGGUCCAUCAGCAAGAAGCUGCCGCCUCAACCCACCACACCAAACAGUGACAUCCAGACCCCAGAGUCUACCACCAAGAGCAGCCUCGCCUCCAACCGCUCCAAGAGCCCCACCUCCAGUGCUGAACUGUCCAAGACAAACUCAUCCAAUCAAUCACCCUCAGAAUCCAACUACAAUGGCAACAACAACGCAGAGAUUGCAGAUGUGGAUGACAUCGUCCGUAGGCAAGAGGAGCCAUCCUCAAGGACGCUGGAUGUCCAGAGGCCAUCGCCAUUCGAUAGACUCACGGAUAGCGUCAUCACGCACAUGUUCUCGUACCUAUCCACAAAACAAUUAUGCCGCUGCUCGUGCGUGAGCAGAAGAUGGCACAGGUUAGCGUGGCAGCCUAUGCUGUGGACUACGAUACGGCUCUCUGGGAGGAGGCUGGAUGUUAAUUUUGCGUUGAGAGUGCUUGUGAAGCGGUUAUCGCGAGAAACACCGUACCUUUGCCUGUCGGUGGGGAAACUCGUCUUGAAUGGGUGCCAUAGACUGUCCGACAAGACCCUGGAACUCAUUGCUCAUAGGUGUCCAGAGCUUCUUCAUGUUGAGCUGAUGGGAUGUCACCUGAUCAGUAAUGCUGCCAUCUUUCAGAUCGUCUCCAGGUGCCCCAACUUGGAUUACCUAGACAUCUCUGGAUGUAAGCAAGUUGACUGCAUGAACCUCCCCGUGGAACCUGCCACUUCAGAUCCCAAAGACUUCUUGAAGCAACGGAUCAACCUUCGGCAUCUGGACAUGUCCGACUGCUCUCUUCUCGAUGACAACGGCCUCCGAACGAUAGCCACCAACUGUCCGACCCUGGUCAACCUUUACCUCCGGAGGUGCAUCGGGGUGACCGAUAUCGGUGUGCAAUAUGUAACAACGCAGUGUCUUAUGCUGAAAGAAGUCUCGCUCAGCGACUGUCCACGAGUCACCGACUGCGCCAUGCGGGAACUUGCCAAGCUGGAAUACCACCUCAGGUACCUCAGUGUGGCCAAAUGUGAACUUGUUACAGACAUGGGCGUGUACGCCAUCGCAAAACACUGCUACAAAUUACGUUACCUUAACGUCAGGGGAUGCGUUCUGGUGUCUGACAAAUCCCUGGAGGCCCUCUCAAGAGGAUGCUCAAGACUCAGAUCGCUGGAUGCUGGCAAGUGUCCGCUGAUCACGGAUCACGGCUUGGUAUCCAUAGCAACAAACUGUCAGAGCCUAAGGAAGCUAAGUCUGAAAGGCUGCUUACAUGUGACUGAUCAGGUGAUUGAGGUCUUAGCGCAAGUCUGUCCUGAUCUUCAGCAGCUUAAUAUUCAAGAUUGUGACGAGGUAUCCAGAGAGGCGUAUAGACUCCUCAAACGAUGCUGUCGGAAAUGUAUCAUAGAGCACACCAAUCCAGCUUUCUACUGAGUACCUUGCUAUCUUCCUUCUCAUAUUUUUAGGCAACUACUUUUAAUUAUGAUAUUUAUCCCACCAGUGUUCAUAUGUUCUGUACUAAGAUAUUUAGAAGGGUUGUUUCUCUUCUUGUAUGUUGUAACAGUACCAUUCAUUUCUCAUAGUAUAAUUUGAUAAGAUUUGAUAGGUAGCCAUGAAAUAUUUAGAAAUACACUCAAUAAGCUGGGAUAAAUUAUGAAAAUAUAAGAAUUUUAACACUGAUCUUGAAGUCAAAUUCUGGUUUAAUAUGACGAUAUAUCCCUACCGGUCAUGUUAUUAAAAACUCAACACUAGCAACUGUAAUCACAACACCAGUCUCAUCUCAAGUUUGGUGUUAUGACUGGUGUUUGUGUUGCUCCAGCUUUAUACACCAAACUUGAACUAAUAAUUUUAACACAUCUAGUGACUUUAAUUCCAACACUUGUUUCAAGUCAAGUUGUUAUUGUGGUUGGUGUUUAUAUGUUGCCUUAGCACAAACUCCUGUUUUCAACACUGACCUUGAAAAUAAUCCCUCAUUAUGACUAUAUCAACCCAACAUGAAUAACCAUAUUUUUGGACAAAUUCUACAAUACAUUAUUUUUCAGGAUGAACAUGACAUAAAAUAUGUAUAUCCAAAGAGAAAUGAGGUAUGAAUCUUCAUUUCUUUCUUUUAUUUCUGGCUGAUACAGUAAUACCCAUGAAAGUAGAAUUAUGGUACAUUUUUCACAGACAUAAAAUAUUUUUUGUUCAUCUUUGAAAUUCUUGUCUCUUUAUCUAAUCUUUGCUUUGGAUGUUAUUAUGUUUUCAGAUUAUCUUCUUUUGUAUAUGCCUGAAAUAACUACAUUUUUAAUGAAGAGAAUCCAGUGAAACUUUAUGUUUUAUUAACCCCUUUUAACAUUGCUAUUAUCAUUCCAUUUGUUCAUGUAAAAUGUGUUUACAAGUGUCUAUGCAGUCCAACCUUGAUACAUACUGCUAUGUCUGGGCCUCCUUUUUUGUUAUUGAAGUAAGGCAUUUCACUCAUAUUUAUUUUUUUCUUUACAAUUUUAUAUCAAAUCUUUUACACAUCAUGAGUGAUAAAUCAUCAUUUCUAUCAUUUCAUUUAUUCAAUACUUUCAUUAAAAAACAUAUAACAAUGUAGAUAUAUACACACAUAUAAAGGAGUAUAAAGAAAACAUAUAAAACAAUACAAAUGUACAAAUGAAAGUAUUAGGAGAGGCAGAAAGGCAGAGCCUUAUAUUAAAAGCCAAUCUCCAUACAGAUCAGAAGAUUUAAAAAUUGAAUUGUUGAUUAAAAGUAGCAAAGUAAAAUUAAUUGAAAAUAGUACAUUUAAAUCAAACACCCAUACAUCAACAUCAACACACAUACACCAUUCGUAAUCAAACACGAUGAUAUAGUCUUUGAAUCUAAGUCUGAAUUCAGUUCAGUUGUUUGAUGAAAUUCAAAGACUAUAUCACACAUCAUGAGUGAUAAAUAAAAUAGUCUGAAUUUCAUCAGACAACUGAAUUCAGACUUUAAGAUGGAUUAACUUGAGAUGAAUGCAAAUACUUAACAGAGCUUUUAAGAGAGGAGAGUGGAAGAACUAUAGCAGUAUGGUCAUGGUUGGACUGUAUGAUUAUCUGAUUCUUUUUAUUCAACCAAUGAACGGUGCUUGCCUUGUUAAUCAAAAUGAUAGUACAGUAUGUUAGAUCUAUUUGUAUUCAUGUAAAGGGUGUUUUUAAGGAGCAUACUUUGUAUAUUAUCAGCAGUGUGGUCAUUCUAUCAAAUCUAACUUAUAUUUGGGUGUGUGUCAUUUUAUUGUAGUCAUAGUUAUAUUAUUUUCAUUUGAAGAUUCAAUUAUGUGAUAGAAUCUGGAACAAUGUAUUCUAUAAUGUUUAUAACCCAUUUUUUCAAAAUUUUCAUGAAGUUUAAUUUCCUAUUCUACCUACGUAUGAUGGAUAAAGUAAGCAAUAGAAGAGGAAGGAUAUUACCUACAUUCCAUAUUUUGCAAAUGAAGAUUCUAAAACAAAUAUGAUCUCAUACCUAUUUACUGUGAAGUUUUAUUCUGUAAUAUUAAAACAACUCACACAAUUUCUUUUAUUUGGUAAUAUGUAGCUCUUCAUAGAUUCCUUUUCCCCCUUUGGCAAGAAGGGCCUAAACCCAUAUACAGAUGUGGAUGUCACUUCCACUGGAACUAGCAAUUAAGUAUUCCAUCAUUAAUAAACUAAUGAAGUAUAAGGGUCGCUAGCAAAGUGAUUUUCUAAGCUGGUUUCCUAUACUGGUUUAAGGGAAACCAGUUCAGGAAAGUAUACUCAGAAUGGGGUCCAAGACAACAUGAAAAUUGUAGUCUUGUUUAAUUAAUGGCGUGACAGAAACAAAUUCAAUUUUGUUAAUUAAUUUUGGUUUAAAGUGUGAACCAAAGAAAUUUCAUUAUAGGCAUUGUAAUUCUUGAACUUUGAUUCAACCACCAACAUUGUAUAAUUUUCUUUUUUUCGUAGGGUAUAAUACGUCUUCCUUGCCUGCACUGAUAUAUUAUCCCACAAAGUUGUACUUUUGAUAUUGGUGUGUUGAUGAUAUUCGUAACCAUUCCAGUCCUGGACGUUAUAAUCUUACAUGAAAGUGAGGUUAGAGAUUCCAAUGGUAUUUUUUUGUAUAGUUUGAUAUUACAAAAACAAACGUCUAUAUGCAGUUUUAAGAAACAAACAUCCCACCUAUAUCUUCCUAAGAUGUAAAGGAGAAUUGCUGCAUAUAUAUAUAUAUAUAUAUAUAACAUGAGUGGAGAUUGCUAGUAAAAGACUCCACAAUAUAUCUUGUUCCAUUUCCAUUAGUUCAAGGCAUAAACCUUCAAGUAUUGUCUCGACUGAUUAUUCACAUUCAAAAUGUGAUCAUUAUGUUUAGAUUAUGAGAAAAACAUGUCUACUUUAGUUUGAUUUUAAUGUCUAUUAUCUUCUUUAAUAUAUUUUCUUUGAAAUUGGUGUAUUUAAUUGGUGUAUGUGCUGCUUUCUUUUAUUUUUUUCCUCCGUCCUUUCUUGUAUGUGCAAUGGUCCUGUGUCUGCCUUUAUCUCAUAUUUUAUUUCAUUCAGAAUGGUUUCUAUACAGGAAGUGCACAGUUUCAUAGGUCCAAAAUGAUUAAUGGUGAAUUUAAUAUCUUUUUCAUUUGAGAUGUCAAAGAAUUUGAAAAAUUGAUAGCAUUUUGAUUAAGACAAUAGUUUGAUUUUAUAUGCUAGGUCUUGCUUGAUUUUUUUAAAUAAUAAUCUGCGAGAGUUGUGUGUUCUUGCAUUUUUACAAGAUGUACAGAAGUUCUGCAGGGGGGAACAAAUUUGAGUAAUUUAACUAAUUUGGGGGGUUAGGAUUUAAAUAAUGUUGAGUGUUUUUCUUCUAAAUCUGGUAUCUAUAUUUUCAGUUAAUUCCAGUAGGUCAAUGAAUAAUAUAGCCUGAAUUGACAUGCCAUUUUAAUAAUACCAUCACAAAUUACGUUACAUUAGAGAGAUUAAUAACUUUAUAAUUCACAUGAAAUAGAAGACUAUCAACAAUCAGGUUGGGGUAUUAAAAAAAUAAUUCAGUAAUAAGUUUGUUUUCUUUUUUUUUACACUAUGACAAUCAAUUCAUCUAUAAGCUGCACUUUAACGGAAAAUCGUACCUACCUUAUACUAUCGGGAGUACUUUUUAAUUGACAAUCAUUUUAUUUCUGUUUCUAAAAAACUUUUCUUUUUAUAUACAUACAUUAAACAUGUAUUUCAGCAGUAAGUGAAGAUAAAUAGAAUUUUAAUUGCCCAUGCAGUGAAACUGAAUAUAUUUUCAUGAUAAAAAAUGGUCUUUAUUUGGAAAAGUAUAUAUAUAUAUAUAUGAGAUGGAGACAAUAGGCUACUUUCAUUUAUUCUAAACAAUAUUUUUUUCCUGGAAUUGUAUUAGCAACAUGUUACAAUACUUUAUACAUACCUGAAAUCAGUACAUAGCAAUGUAGACCUGGUGUAUGUCGGGUGUGUUGGGGGUUUUGAAGGUUGUUAAAACUUACAGAUGUACACUUUCAGACAUCUUCUGACUAACGAUGUUGUAUAGCAUGCCAUAAAUACAAAUGAAAAACACAUGGAGUGCGAAAAAACAUUUAAAGAAUGUUUUGAUUUUGGUAAAUGUCCAACAAUAUGAAUAUUAUUGGAUAGACAUUUACCAUUCAUGUAAAGCUAACAUUGUCAAAGAUUCUGAUUACCUUCUAAAGUGAUGCAUCCAUGGUUCAACUACUAUAUGUGUUUGGAAUGUCGCCCUCUUCUGUUGAAGAAUUUGCAUUUGCUUUGAGGGAAAUUUUCAUCCUAGGCAGGCAAAUAGAGCUCAGUUUUGAAAUCUGUAGUUGUCCACUAAUAUAUUUUAUAAAAUCAUUAUUUUUCCCCCAUUCUAUCAAUCGAUAGUCCAAGACUGAUCAACAUAAACUUGCUUAAUGGGAGGGAUAGACGAUGAAAUUUGUGUUUGGAACAAAUUUUGCUAUUUUCCCUCUUUGUUUGAAAUUGUGCUGUAUUCUUUCUGUGAAUGUUCUUUUUGUUAAUGUUGUGUGUACCGGUAAAUGUAUAUAUAAAUUUGUUAAUAAUAUAACUCAUCCAGGCAAAUGAAACAAAAUGUAUUGUGUAUACCAUUGUUCUGCAGCUUUGCUUGUCAUUGAUAAAUAUAUAUGUAUAAGUGAGAGUGAAACUAUUUCAUGAUGGAAUGAAAUAUAAAUGCAACAUACUAAA